AUGAAGCUUCUCCGAAUUCUUCUAUUGAUUCUCCUUUCGGCGAUUGCGCAUGUCCAAUCCCAGUCAUCGAUUGAAUUGUCCGCAUGUUCUCUCUCCUGUGUGGCGCAAUCAUUACCAGCAGCAGGAUGUUCACUCAUCGAUGCAGAUUGCCAAUGCAAGAGCAAAUUACUCUCUCAUCUCACCGCAGGAUGUAUGCUUGCCAACUGUACCAUGCAGGAGUCUCUAGACCUCUCCAGAGUCCAAGCGGUAACUUGUAGCCUCCCGUUCGAAGACAAGUCGCAAUUGAUGAUCAUCCUCUUCUCGACCAUCAUAGUUUUUACUUCCAUUCUGGUCAUUCUACGACUAGCUUCGAAGUUCUUCAUCAAGACAGGACUCGGUAUGGAAGACUACAUUGCAGCACUAGCUCAGUGCUUGUCGAUAGCAUCCGAAAUAUUCUCUGCUCAAAUGGCAAAGCUCGGCUUCGGAAAACACAUUUACAGUCUCAAAGACGGCGCUCUGCAGAUGAUUUUCCUCAAAUUCUACAUCGCCGAAAACAUCUACGUCAUCGUCCUCGGGCUCGUCAAAAUCUCCAUCCUCACCUUCUACCUCCGUAUCUUCCAACACGAGGCACGAUUCCGGCUCGCCGUCUACAGCACAAUCGUAUUCAUCGCACUCGGCACAACGACCAUCUCCGCCCUGACGAUCUUCCAGUGCCAUCCGGUGCCGUACUUCUGGGACAAGGACGUGCGCAACGGGACCUGCGUGGAUAUCAACGCGUUGGCGUAUGCGAAUAGCGGGCUGAGUAUUGUGCAGGAUCUGAUGAUUGUGGUGUUGCCGAUCAGGCUGGUGUGGAGGAUGGGGUUCUUGGAGGGGAGGAAGAGGGUGGGUGUGGCGUUUAUGUUUGCUUUGGGGGGGUUGUAUGUGUCGGUUUUCUCUUUCUCCCUUUCCUUUUUCUCUCUUCUCAUAUCACACUCUACCCAUCUUCUUUUCGCCCCUCCCUCUUUACUCGGAUCUCUGGAUAUUUCGAUCCUGACCUAA